AACAGGUAAACUCUGACCGGAGUAGACAUGGCGGAGCUGCUGAAAAUAAAAAGUGAAGCUGAAGACUUCCAAAGUGAAUACUUUUACAGAAACAGUCAAGCUGAGGAGAAGCGACAGAAGGAAAACCAGGCCGCCACCCAGAUUCAGAGCUGGUUCAGAGCCUGCAAGGUGCGGGCUUACUUCAGCCAUCUGCACAAGAAGGCAGUCAUUAUACAGAAGAUAUGGCGGGGCUUCACAGCAAGGGCACGUUUCAGACAAAUGGUGAAGGCGGCAUAUUUUAUCAUGAAGAUGAAUUUCUACGAGGAGAUGGCGGUCAGGAUCCAGCGGAGAUGGAGAGGAUUCUUUGUGAGGAAGUACAUUCAUAAUUUCUAUGCACGCAAGAGCUAUCUGGAAGGACUUUUCAGAAAAAAUGAACUUGUCAGGAGGGAGCUGGAUGAACUGGAGGAACUCCAAAAGAGAGAGAGAGACUGUCUGGAGAUGGUGAAAGAGCAGACAGCUAAGGUCUACCAAGCUUACCGGUUACACCACCUUCUCAGUACGAAGCAGUGCCCAGGGGUGUUCAACUCUCCAUUCAGGUCAGCCCCCCAUGAGAUGGAACAACUGCUGAGGCAGGUCAAGUACCAGGCCCCCACCAGACUGGCUCCCGGGGGCAGGGCUUGUCUCUUGGGUAUGCCUGGCCCAGCAGCCCCCAGUUUCUCUGGGACUCUUGGAUCCCCAUGGAUCAAAACCACUCAAACCCGCUGCUCCUCCAGGCCCAUACUGCCCCCCAUUGGUAGCAAAAAACAGCAGUGCAGGAAGUCCCCCUUUCUUUUGCAUUCACCCCACACCCCCUCCCUCCCUGGUGUGAUAACUAUCUAGUGGUGAUGGAUAAGGUUGAGGUGCUGGCUGUGGAAGUGGUCAGGCCAGGCCACCGAUCCCGUGGCGAUAGGAGCAAGGACAGGGUCCCCGUCCCUCCCUCUAUCUCUCCCCUCUCAUCCUCCCUCCUUUUUUUAACACCAAACAACAACUGAAGGUCACCUCAAACAAAGCAACAGCAUUUAAGUUAAUCUGCACUGCACAAAGUUUACAUGCUACACUCAGAAAAGAGCAUAUAACACAGUGCGUGUUUAGAGGUUGCUCUUUAUUCUUCUUCACAAGACACAUAACAGUUUGAAUAUUUGUUUAGUAUUUGUAACUGACACAAUGUUUUCCAUAUAUCUUGCAUAAUGUGUAAAGUAACAUGACAUGUUAAUCAACCAUUAAGCUAAUUUUGCCUCUAGAUAAUCAGAAGAAUGAAUUUGAAAAUUGGAGGUCUGUAUUGCUAGAAAAUGCAGCAUCCUCAGCUUUCCUUGACUUUUAUAAAGUGUAUAAUAUAACUAUAUAUUAUAUAACUGUGUCGCCUUUUCAAAAACUGUUAAAAACACAUUAAACAAAAGAUAUGCUGUUGUGGGUGACAUAUUCCUUCAUUGUUGUCACGUGUUGUCUUUAAAAAAAAAAGUUAGAUGUCAUGAAAUUUUCUUUUGUUUUCUUUUAUUGAGGUGCUUGCUUGGGCACCUGAAUCAGAGAAAAAUAAAUGGAAAGAAAGCAUUAAAUGUGGAAAAAUACAGGAUAUGAUGGGGAGUAGGGGAAGAUAGAGCCUGAUUAAAUCACAAGAGUCUCUGAGGUUAAUCAGACAAUACAUUAGACAUGCAGCUGAGUGUGCAUGUUUUUCUUCUCUUUAUUCCAUCUUAUUCACUCUUUCUCUGUCCUCUCUGUGUCCCUCACUUUUACUCUGGCAUGCUUGGUUUUACUCCUCCCUUCUAAUUCUCUCUCCUGAUACAAUUUUCUUCACUCUCUUGUCUCGUGUGUGUCUCUCUCUCUCUCUCUCUCUCUCUCUCUCUCUCUCUCUCUCUCUCUCUCUCUCUCUCUCUCUCUCUCUCUCCGUCUCUCUCGGCUUCUCUCAUC